AUGACUUCCGCAUCUAUUUUGUCACCUGCAAAGAUAGCCACUGCUUCAUCUGUUACGACAUUUAGUAAAGUGUUAAUGCCAAAAACAGUUAAUAAGAAUAUGAAACUAAAAAAUGAUUUUAUUGAUAAAAUAUUACGAAUCAGAAAUGAAUCGUUAAAUAAUCCAGUUUUUACAUUAGAAAGAUAUAAUCAAACAAUAGAAUUAAUAAAUAAUGCAAAAUUAAAAAGUAGUGCUAGAAGAAAUGAUCAAGAGAUAUCAUUAUUAAAAACGUAUGAUGUACUUAAUCUUAGUAAUCAAGAUAAAUUAGUAAAAAAAAUCCAAGGAUCUGAAGAUACAUCAAUUAAAUAUUAUGUUCCCAUCAAUGAAGUUUAUGAUGUAAUUAGAAUCGCUCAUUUUAAUAUCGGUCACCGUGGAAUUAAGUAUACUUUAAAAGAAAUUAAAAAAAAAUGUGCUAAUAUUACCGAAAAACAAGUUAAGUUAUUUAUUUCUGAAUGUAAUGAAUGUAACAUAAAACGUGCAAAACCAAAAAACUCAUCGAAAUUAGUAGUACGUCCAAUUAUUUCAAAUGAUUUUCAUUCACGUGGUCAAGUUGAUUUAAUAGACAUGCAAUCUUCUCCUGAUGGUAAAUUUAAGUUUAUAUUAAAUUAUCAAGAUCAUUUUACAAAAUUUUGUAUUUUACGACCACUUAAAUCAAAAACCGCAGCAGAAGUCGCGUACAAUUUAUUAGAUAUUUUUACUACAUUUGGUGCACCUGCAAUCUUACAAUCAGAUAAUGGCCGUGAAUUCGUUGCAAAAGUUAUUGAAGAAUUAGCAUUAAUAUGGAAAGAUCUUAAAAUUGUCCACGGAAAACCUCGUCACCCACAAUCGCAAGGAUCUGUGGAGAGAUCUAAUCAAGAUACAAAGCAAUUAUUAGGAACAUGGAUUCGCGAAAACAACUCCACUAAAUGGGCCGAAGGCUUGCGCUUUGUACAAUUUCAAAAAAAUUCAUGUUUUCAUCGUGUAUUAAAUAAUAGUCCAUAUGCAGUUUUAUUUGGCAAUCAACCAAAAUUAGGUUUAUCAUCAACAUCUUUACAUCCUUCUAUUUUCAAUGAUAUAACAACAGAAGAAGAAUUAACAAAUGAAUUAGGUCUAUUAACAAAUGAUGCACUUGAUGUGAAUUCAUCUGCAAGUGAUAGUGAAGAAGAUGAAUUAAAAAUUGAUGAACCGAAUAUUAAUGAUGAAUUAAAAGACAAUGAUCAAUUAAAUAUUACUGAACAAAAUGAAAAAAACGAUGAAUUACUUACCAAUAGAGCUAAAAGAACAAAUGAUAUUCGUGAAACUGCGCGACAAGGUCAAAAACGGCAAGCCGAUGAAUUUUUACGGAAUACAGCUAAACGACAUAAAUUAGCUGAUCUAAACGUUGGUGAUAAUGUUUUGAUUCCAGUACCAGAUGUUGAUCGUGGUCCAACUGAUGCGCGUAAUGUACUUGCUGUUGUUAUGGAAAUAAAAGAUGACAAAUACAAAUUAGGAGUAGAACAAGGUAUCAUUAAUGGUUAUUAUAGUUUUCAUCAAAUAUCAAAGGCAACUGGAACAUCAACUAUAUUAGUUGAAAAUGUCGAUCAAGGUAUUAAAAAAUCGUUAAGAGAAGUAGUUAAACUUCAAAGCAUUACUGGUGGACAAGGAAUGUUAAAAUGUUCAUGCAAAGGUGGUUGCACAACUAGUAGAUGCAAGUGUAAACAAGCUAAAAUUUUAUGCAAUUCUCGAUGUCAUAAUUCGACAACAUGUCGUAAUAAAUAG